GGUGUGUUGCCUUCAUGUGACAUUCGUGUCUCAUGUCUGUCGACGUGGACGUGUUAGUUCUUUCCGGCCGGCCAAACAAAAGGGAAAAUCUGGGCCGGCCAAAACGAAACAUCUGGGGAAAUGAAAUGUCUGUGGGUGCCAUGCAUGGUGGAUAAAGAAUCGCUUGGGUGCAAUGCCACGCAAACCAUAGGCAUCAACGAAAACGGGCAGGCGGGGUGGCCGAUUCAACCCCGGUGGACCCCCUUUCUCACACAGACAAGCCAAAAGAAAUGAACAGAACAUGCCAACAGAACACUUGUCUCCCCUCCUCUCCCUCUCCCUCUGUGUGUGUGGGGGCUGGUGGUAGUGUGGUGCGAAGUCAGGGCAGGGCUAGAGUCCGCCCUCAGCCUCCUCGAGUUCCUCGAGGGUCAUGGCCUUCUUGCCGUCUUCGCAGGGCUCGGUGACGAACUUGCCUUCGCCCCCUGCAGGAUUCGGCACCAUGCAGCCGUACUCCUGCACACACACACACACACACGCACGCACGCACGCAAUAUGGUGGCGGGCGGGGGGACUUGUGUGUGUGUGUGUCUGAUCUGACCAUGUCGAGGUCGCUGGCUACUCCGCCGAUGGCGUAGAUGGGCUCGGCCUUCUCGUCAGUGUCCUUCAAGAAAGCCUUGCACGUCUGUAGAAAUGACAUGUCAUGUGGAGGGAAAAGGGGAGCAAAACAACUACAUAGGUAUCUAUCGUGUGUUUGAAUUCGUUAACCCACCUUGACGUCGCUCGAGCUCGUCGUCAUCUGCAGGCCAGCGCAUCCAUCCAUCCAUCCAUCAGUACCUCGACAGAUCUGUCCAUAUACCCAUCUUACCUCGCACUGCUUGCACUUGAGGAUCUUGCAGUUGGAUUUGACCGUUGAAGCCGAGGGCUUGCCGCGGCGGCCCUUGACGACCGUGAAGCCCUCCUCGACCUUCGGUUCCUCCUUUCAGGCGGCCAGCUGCAGAUGGCGGUCGGUUUCGGUGCGCAGGAAGCAGACCGCCUCGCCGUCGAGCAUGCUGCACUUCCCGCCCUCCUGGGUGAAGACGUGGGCGGUGGUGGUGGUGGUGGCGAAGAGGAGGAUGGUCAUGAGGGCGAGGGAGAGGACCAUGGUGGUGCUGAGGCUCGACAUUCUCAAAUGUACGGGAGGGAAUACGAGAG